AUGUCCGCCCCGAGAUCAGCCACAUGUCCACAUGCGCAUAUGGCGCUGCACCGACGGCGUCGACCACCAUCAGUCCGCCGAAUUCGUGCAGAACGAUCAGCUGCGGCGCGGACGUUCCGGAGCCGAACCGACGACUCCGGUGAUGCGGCCGUCAAGGCCACCGAGCGAGUGGUCGAGGUGAUGAGAUCGUUGAACUGCCAACUCGGGAGCUCACACGUUCUCGAUUUCGACCUCGGCCCAUCGCACCUGAGCGCCGCAGCGACUGGCCACACGAGCCAGGCGCGACGUUCGCCGCUUCGUCGAUGCGCGAGAGCACGAGACCGGUUCCGAGGCCCAACCGCGAACUCAGCGACCUCGGCAAGCCAAGCCAACAACACUGCUCGGUCUGAUCCGAGAACGACUCCGCAGGAUCUCCGCCGACCAGAUCGGGGCCGCACCCCGGUGCGCGCACUCCGGAGAAUGGCAGCACUACGACGGUUCGAGACGUGGCGACCGGAGGAAGAAGAUGCAGAGGCAUCGGAACGCGGUGGAGACCGUCCGCGAGACGGCGUCCGGGAUCUGCAUUCCGGCCUGCGGAUCGAGGUGGAUCCAGCCGUCACCGAG